CCACUGUUGUUGCUUUGCGACGGUCGGCCACAGCAAAUCGUAUACCUACCAGUAGCACGUUUUCAUUCCGCUUCGGCUACAACAUCUGAACGAUCCGUAUAAGAGUCCAACGUCGCUGCCGCGCGCCGUUACCCAUGCGGUUGAAUAAUAGUUAGACGUGGAUAAUCGCAACAAAAGAACAACAAUGACGGUUUCGUAUCGCUGUUGUUUGUGGUUGGCUGUGCAAUUUUUAAUGCUUAUGUAUCCAGUCUUAUCAGGAGACAUCAAGAUUCAUACUACUCUUAUACCAAAAGCAUCCGACCACUUUCCAACUUUCACUUUGUGCCAGUCCAAUUCGACCGUGGAGAUGUUCCACUGCAACGCGACGGAGUGCAUACCUAAGUCUUUGGUGUGCAACGGUAUACCUGACUGUCAGAUGGCCCAGGACGAAUCGGUGUUCGAAUGCGGUUGUCUGCAGAACGAGUACCGGUGUAAAAACAGCUGCAUUGAUUCAGUAAAGAGAUGCGACAAGUUUGCUGAUUGCGAAGGAGCAGAGGACGAGAUCAAUUGCAAGACGCACGUUUGUCCUCCGACUCAUUUCAAGUGCGCCAAUUACUUUUGCGUGCCCACGGACAAGGUAUGCGACUUUAAAGAUGACUGCGGUGAUGGUUCGGACGAAGAGCAUUGCAAGCACAGAGAGUGUUGGUACAAAGAGUUUAAGUGUAAGAAUUCGGAGUGCGUUCGGCCAGCAUAUCUGUGUGACGGUGAGGUAAACUGCGUGGAUGGAUCCGACGAGGAAAAUUGCGACACGAGCGAUUUCGUCAAAUGCGGCACCGGGCAGCUGGUUCAUUCUGCGUUCUGGUGUGACGGAUGGCCCGAAUGCGAAGACAACCAUGCAGACGAAUUACAAUGCAACCGGACGUGCGCCACCGACCAGUUUCGGUGUCCGAACGGCAGGUGCAUUAACGAGGCCAACGUUUGUGACGGACAGUGCGAUUGUCUGUGGGACUCCAACGGGGCGUGCGCUGACGAGACUCACUGUUCGGAUUACUACUCGCUCACAGACGGGGUCGUCGUAUGCCGGCGAGGGUCGUCGCUGAAUUGUUGGAUGCCCGAGGGAUCAUCGUCCCGGUGCAUUAAGGAGCGGUACAUCUGCGACGGCCGUAACGACUGUUUCAAUGGAUUCGACGAAUUCGGUUGCGAAGAUGAAAGUUCGAAAGAUGUGGAACGUUACGAUAUGGAAGACGGUUUGUUUCAAUGUCGUGACGGUCGGUGGCUAGACAUUUCUGGUCAUGUGUGCAAUUACCGAGACGAAUGUCUGCAUGGCGACGAUGAACUUAAGUGUGGAGAACAGCCGGCUUGUAAGACCAAACAGUUCAGAUGCGACAAUGGGGAGUGUAUAGAAGGCAUCGGCCGGUGUGACGGUCACACCAACUGUUGGGACAAGAGCGACGAAAUAGGAUGUGCGAACGUGGCUUGUGUCCAAAAAGAUUGGCCCAGGUGCACGACGGGUGGACAGUGCAUUUCGCCGGAUAAGUGGUGUGAUUUCCGAAAACACUGCUCCGACGGUUCUGACGAAAGCAACUGCAAACACAGAGCGUGCGAAGUCAACGAGUUUCGGUGCGAUAAUGGACAGUGUAUACCGUUACAACACAAGUGCUUCGAUACGGGCGACGAUUCGUUGGGCUGCGCGGACAAAUCUCAUUUGAAAAACUGCAGCGAUUGGAAGUGUCACGAAGACCAGCACAAAUGCCACCGGGGACCAUGUAUAAACCAGUCUUUAGUAUGCAACGGACAAGUAGACUGCGAUAUGACGUGGGAUGACGAGGACAAUUGCACUUUCAAAUGUUCCAACGAGGCUCUCGGUUGUGACUGCCAGGAUGUACUUAUUAAUUGUACUGGUCUUGGGUUACGCGAGUUCCCGUACGACGCAGAGAAGGAGAUCACGUUUUUUCAUUUAGGAGGCAAUCGGUUCGGAGGAAAAUUGGAUGCCAAUACUUUCAAACACCUGGACCGCUUGGUUUACUUGGAUCUAUCUAACAAUUCCGUCCAACAGCUCGAACCAUUCCUUUUUUCUACGCUAUGGCGGUUGACUACGUUGAAUUUGCAAAACAACCAGAUCACUGUUUUGCGUAACGGCUCAUUUUUGGGCCUUGGCCGAGUGACAGGGCUACAUUUGCAAGGCAACAACAUUCGACAAUUAGAUUCGAUGGCGUUCCAUGGGCUAUCGUCGUUAAUGACACUGGACUUGAGCCAUCAGAACAUUUCCGAAAUCCAAUCAGAUGCUUUCGUGGGUCUCAGAUCUUUGAGACGUUUAGAUUUGUCCGAAAAUUCUCUUACUUAUUUAUCGGAUGGUACUUUUCGCGGAAUGCCUCAAGUGAUGUUCUUGGACCUCAAGAAAAACCGAUUAAGAGUAAUCGAAUCAAAUGGGUUUCAUACUAUGCCUACUUUGGAAACGCUGUUCACUGACGAAUUCCGUUUCUGUUGCUUGGCCCGGCACGUGCUACAAUGCCGUCCGCUGCCGGACGAGUUCAGCUCAUGCGAAGACCUCAUGUCCAACAUGAUGCUUCGGGUGUGCAUUUGGAUACUAGCAAUCGUCGCCAUCACUGCCAACCUGAUGGUAAUCGUGUUCCGGGCCAAAUAUAGGCAUACCAACCAGGUGCAUUCGUUUUUGAUCAUCAACUUGGCAUUGGGCGAUUUUCUCAUGGGAUCUUAUCUGCUGGUCAUCGCUGUUGUGGAUUGGUACUACCGUGGCGUGUAUUUCAUUCACGAUUCUGACUGGCGGCAGAGCUCUAUGUGCAACGUUGCCGGGUUCAUCAGCACUUUUUCAAGUGAAUUGUCCGUGUUUACGUUAACGGUCAUUACUUUGGAACGACUGCUGGUCAUCAUAUUUCCAUUCAAAGUCCGUCGCCUGCAAAUGGAUUGCACCCGUAUGCUGAUGGCUAUUUGCUGGUUACUGGCUAUUGUUAUUUCCGUCAUUCCCCUAUUCAACAUCCACUAUUUCAGAAAUUUUUACGGACGUUCCGGUGUUUGCUUAGCGUUACACAUUACUCCCGACAAACCCAAUGGUUGGGAGUACUCGGUGUUCAUAUUUUUAUUCGUCAACUUGGGAUCAUUGUUGCUGAUCUCCGGCAGUUAUUUGUGGAUGUUCUUCGUAGCCAAGACUACCCACCGAGCUACAGAAAAUCUCAUAAGACAUCGCGCGCUCAGCGAAUCCGCGAUGGCGUGGCGUAUGAGCUUGCUUGUAGCUACGGAUGCUGCGUGUUGGGUGCCUAUUAUAGGAUUGGGUCUCUGGUCUUUAGCCGGAUUUACUGUACACCCACAGGUAUUCGCCUGGGUGGCAGUGUUCGUGUUACCGCUAAACGCCGCCGUCAAUCCCGUCCUGUAUACUUUGUCUGCGGUGCACAUGCUUCGUCGAAGGGUCACCACCAACAGGGCCGUGUCGUUCAGGAGAUCUUUGACCAACGACCCGAAGCGUACCAUGUCCACCACCAUGGUGCCUCCGUCCACAAAUUAUACUGGAGAAGUGGUAACGUUUUCGUUGGUCAGCAAAAUUCCGCCCAGAAGUCCGGAAAUCGUCGAAACAGAAAUGACCGAGAACGGUCUGGCCACAGUGGGCAAAAUGAUAUGAAACACGCCAGCGGACAGACUAUGAGACCGGCUGCUUAAAUCAGUUUGAUGGUUUGGUAUCCAAAUCACUCAGUGUUUCCCGCCAAAAAGGCGGUACUGUUGGUGUGAUUUUUUUUAAAAUUUAAAACUAAGCUUAACUUAUAAAAAAUGUAUAUUAUUUGUUAUAAUGUAAAAUUAAAUAACUA